AUGGCUCCCCACAACGACUCAUCACCGGCCGAAAACUUCACCAACGGCUUCAACAGAAUGACUCUCCAAUCCUCGGGGUCAUCUAGUCUCACAGUUGAGGACCUGACAGCUGAGCUGGGCAGCUCAUACGACAGCAGCACCCUGGACGCACCCGUUUCUCACGUCAAGCGACCCCUUGUCCCCGGCGUCUAUGUCCCGACGAUGUGCUUUUUUGACAAGGAAACAGAAGACGUUGACACCGUUACCAUUGCCCAUCAUGCCGUUCGUUUAGCUCGCGCCGGAAUUACAGGCCUAGCCACUCAGGGUUCCAACGGAGAAGCCGUCCACCUCACCCACUCCGAACGACAAGUCGUCACGGCAACCACCAGAAAAGCACUUAACGAAGCCGGUUUCUCUCAAAUGCCUAUUAUUGUCGGCUGUGGCGCCCAAAGCACCAGAGAGGCAGUCCUACUCUGCCGUCAAGCAUGGCAAGCUGGAGGAGAUUACGCACUUGUCCUCCCACCAUCCUACUACGCGCCUCUGUUCGCUCCUUCGUCCCAGACCAUCCUCGAGUUCUUCAACGCAGUUGCCGAUGCUUCGCCCAUCCCGAUCAUUAUCUACAACUAUCCAGGGGCCGUCAACGGCAUGGACAUGUCGUCGGAUAUUAUCGUGCAGCUUGCUCAGCACCCAAAUAUCGUUGGUGUGAAGCUGACUUGCGGCAACACCGGCAAGCUGAACCGUGUAGUCGCGGGUACUCGCAAGUUGUCAAAGGAAUACGAUCCUAAGAAUCCCGACUUCUUGGUCCUCGCUGGCUCUGCCGACUUUUCUAUCCAGGCCCUGGCCGCAGGUGGACAUGGAAUCCUCGCAGGUCUUGCCAAUAUUGCUCCCAAAGCAUGCACCAAGACCAUCGAGCUUUGGAAUCAAGGAAAGCACACCGAGGCCCAGGAGAUGCAGGAAGUCGUUUCGCAAGGCGAUUGGACUGCCAUCCAGGGCGGCGUUGUUGGAGUCAAGGCUGGUUUAGAAAAGUGGGCAGGCUACGGUGGCUACUGCAGAAGCCCUCUCCCAAGGCCGACUCCCGAACAGUCCAAGAACUGGAAAAACGGGUUCAAAGACUUGAUCAUGCUUGAGAAGUCUCUCUAA